AUGAAAUUAAAAUUUUGUAAAAAUCUCACAUUUGUACAGAUAACAAACAUUUACCAAUUAAUGAGACCAUAUUUUUUUCUAUACAAAUUGUAUGGAUUGUUUCCUUAUAAAAUAAGUAAAAAUCAAAUUCAUUCAUCAAAAAUAGGAUUAUGUCAUACAUUCUUUGUUGCCAUGAGUUGUAUUGUAUAUUUUGUUAUUGCGAUGUAUCAGUGUUUCUAUUCCCUAGAUAUAGUAUUUGAUACAACAGAAAGUCUUAUGCAGUUUACAUCGUAUUUUAUGCUAGGAACAUUUAUUGCUGUAUAUUCGUGUGCAUCCAAUAAAUAUAAAUUUUUGCUUCUGAAAAAAUUAAUUUUAUUAUCAUCUAUGCUAUCUGAGAAAGAAUUUUUCGAAGUUGCAAAAGUUAUUUAUUUUAAAGAUAUAAUUGGUUAUAUAUUUUUAAUGGGACAAAUAUUUAAUAUUGCUUCUGAGGAUUUAACAGCGCAAAAUAUAUCGAAAAUGUUCGCAUUACAUAUAACAAUGAUUGUAUUUUUGAUGGACAUGCAGUAUAGUAACUUUGUAUUUUUAUUAAAAAGUUGUUUAAAAAAUGUGAACAAUAAUUUACAACUGCUAACAAAAAGUUAUGAGGGUUGUGAAAUUAUUAGUUGUAAUAAAUCCAUGCAGCUAUUGCAGUUUAAUAAUUUACAGCUAAUAAAAUUACGUAAAUUACAACAUAAUCAUCACCAUGUUAGUUGCGUUAUAAAGGAGCUAAACACCGUUUUUACCCUUCAAAUUAUUGCUACUGUUCUAAUGACUUUUGCAGAAGUUACAUUUGGUUUGUAUUUUUUCAUAUUACAUAUUCAAGGCAAAAAGGGUAUUGACCUUGAUAAACAACUUUGGUUUAAUUACUUCAUAACAUCUGUAACUUACUAUUCCUUAAAAAUGGCUGUAAUGGUAUGGAUUUGCCAAGAAACAAAGAACGAAUCACUAAAAACAGGCAUAAUUGUCCACGAUGUUAUACUCAAUAAUAACAAUGAACAAUUAAAAUCAGAGCUAAGUCUCUUUUCAUUACAACUGCUACAAUGCAAUAACGAAUUUACGUCCAAGUGUAUUGUUAUGAAUGCAAAUCUCAUAAGUGGGGUUGUUAGUGGAAUAGCAACUUAUUUAUUAAUACUGAUUCAGUUUUUGAAUACAAAGAAAAGUACCUCAAAAAAUAACGAACAAUGA